AGGAAAUGCUCCCAAAAAACGAAAAAGAAGCAUUAGUCGAUGUUGAUGAUAGGAUUGCAAUGUUGGAGAGGCGGCUGGACAACGCGAAGGCCGCGAGGGAUGCUUUUGUGCACCAUCUACGUGGAAAAUACCCGACAUGGAAGCCCCCAUUGCCCACAAUGAGCUAUCAAGAGGCAGAUUUUCCAAAACUCCCACACUAUGCUUCAAAUCACCACCGUGAGCCGUUGCUUUCCCGCUUAUCAACUAGUGAUUAUCAAUGGGAUAUAACUAAUAAUCGGAACAAUCGCAGUCGGAGCAUGACCCGGCUCAGCUCGAAAUUUCAGCCAAUGGAUAUUCCGACGAGCGGUCCUCUCCUGGAAAGCGACAUCCGUCGCUCGAAAAUCCGUCUCCGUGAGAUUUCCGAAGAGCUCCGAGCUAUGAGAAUUGAUCGUAUGAGCUUGAGCACAGAUCAAUGGCUCCAGGAACAACCGUUUCGGCAGCAUAAAUAUCUCCGUCUAAACCUCACCGAAAACGCAGCGGAGCCCCAAAUCGACCAUUUAGAGCAAGCGCGGGCUCACCUAUCCCGUAUAAAUCUCACCGAGACCUCCCCAAUUGCCACGCCCACCGAAGAGCGAAAAAUCGAUAUUUCAAUGACGGAAAACCACGAGAAAUUGCUCGCCGAGAUGCGUGCUCAGGCUCCGCCCACCACCCACGUCACUUUUCAAGAGGCUCCGCCCACUCAGACGGUGGUACCGCCCGUUUUGCAGGAAGCUCCGCCUGUCAUAGCCCCGCCUACCGAGCCAGUGGCCCCGCCCACUUCCACACAAGCUCCGCCCAUUGCGGCACAGGCCCCGCCCACUUCUUCGGUGUCAAAUUUGUUGGCACAACUUGCCGGCGGUAGUGAUAGCGACGAUAGUCCCAGAAUUCCGGCGCCGGCUGCAACACAGAAUCUGGAUUACAGUAAAUUUUUGAGCAAUUUGGGUGUCGGCGGAGGAAUGAGCAGCGACGAGGACGACAAUGCGUUUUCUAGGCCAUCAUAUCAAAAAUCUAGGCCAGCGGUGGGGAAAUCGAUGGCGGCCGCCAUGAUGGCCGAUGAGGAUUCCGAUGUUGAUGACUUUUUUCGAUGAAUUAUUGAUUUUUUUUUCGAAGUUUGGUUUUCUAUAUAUGUAUUAAAAAAUGAAUCAUAUAGUUAAGCUCAGCAAA